AUGGAAGUACCAGCAGUGGAGGACAAGUCAAAUUACUCAGAAAAUACUGAUUCCAAUGAAAAAACGGAUGAUCAGCAAGAAAGAACGCCAGAAUAUUUGACUAAUGAAAGUACAUCAACAGUCAUUCAAAUGUUAACGUACGAUGCGCUGAAUUCAAGUGAAAAAACCAAAACAGCGAAUCAAGCGAGUGACUCAUAUAUUUCUGUUGAUGUAGUUUCAGUAAUGCCUGCCGCACAACUUGAUCAAGAAGAGCAGCGUGCUAUCGAAGACGAUGAAGUGGGAAAAGAAGGAAAGACAGCAACUGCACCGUUUUAUAUAAUCACAUCAGAUGAACGAAAAACAUUAGAAAAAAUUAAAAAAGUUAAAAGAGCUAUUUUAUUGUGCAGUAAAUCGGUCGUUUCGACCAAGUCGGAUUUGAUUGCGCUUUCAACUCAUUGCGAUGUAAUUGUACGAGAUAAAGCGAUCGAUCAAUUAAUUAAUGAAAAAUUAUUAUUCAAAUUAGACGAUUGCUUUGUAUCACGAUCAAAAACAACUGGAAAACUAAGUUUUGAACUUGGCUACAUCAAACAAGUACCAAAAAGUUCACGUUUAGUCGAUAAAACCGAAAUCAUGCAGAGCAUGGAUAUCGAUGAGUGUUCAGUCGAUUCGCUGGUAUCAUUAUCGUUAAGUGUUCAAUUAGUAUCACAUGCAAAUGGUAACUCUUCGACUGAUAAUUACAGUAACUCUCGGUCUGAAAUGGAACAAAUUUUCCAACUGUUAUUAGCAAAAAUGAAUGGAAACCAUAUAUGCUCAGCGCUCAAGCUGUACAAUUAUUUAUUCGAUUCUCAGGAAGAUGUAUACAGACUGGUUUGCGCUGGAAUUAAUAAUCAUUUUGGAACUGGCUAUGAAGCUGAAGAUGUGUUAUUUGUAUUGGAUACUAUAAAUGAAAAUGAUGACUUAAAACAACGAUUUUAUACAGCUACAGCUGAAGAAAUAAUCGAAUCAUUUAAUGCCAAUAACGAUAUCGUAAUAUCAAUGAAACUAGUAAAUUUAAUCCCCUUUACCGCUGUUUGUAUUCAAGCAAAGUGUAAUUCUCAGCCAUUGCCGACGCAUAAACUACACCAGAUUGUUACAUUAAUGCAACGUGAUUUUUCGUCUUCAUGCGGUAUAUAUUAUUCUACAUGCAAUGAAUGUAAAACACGUUAUUUUCCAACAUUUUAUGAGCUAAACGGUUCAAAAAUAAAAUUUAUUACAAUUGACUCAAUUCGAAAAAAAAACGCAAUGUAUCAAACAAGUCAAUACACGCUAUUGCCCAAACCACCAAACGCCACAACAACGAAAAGAAACAUCACAAGCGGACAGACAUUCAAACAAAUUCAUCCAGAUAUCAAAUGA